AUGAUGCUUGGAAAUGCUGAUACGUUGGAAGACCUGGAAAUAACCCGAGAACAAAUGAACACACAACAAAUUCCUGGUGCACUAGCAGUUAUGUAUGGUAAUAAACCUGUUCCGGAAGUGGUGAAACAACUUAUGAUUUCGGAAUACACGGACUGGGAGAAUCCAGACGAUCCAAAACGAAUCCGUGGGCAGGUAGUGGAACUUUUUGGGGACAUUUUUUUCAACACUCCUGCUGUGGACAUGAGCAGGGUUCAUUCAAAUGCAUCGAAUAUUGACAGUUAUGUGUACAAUUUUCUUCCUAAACUGGAGAAGCCCCUACUUCCAUUACCUAAGUGGGUGAAGUAUGCGAACCAUGGAGAUGAAUUAGGACCU